CCUGACUUCCUUCAUCUCAUCAUCAUGGCGGGCGAGUUCAAUGGUAACAUCCGCGACAUGGCGUUCUGGCGUGGCGCCGUGGCCGAGUUCCUCGGCACUAUGUUUGUGGUCUUCAUCGUGACCUCGGUCUGGGUCUCCAACCCAGCCAUGGGCAUGACCGGCGACCUUGCUCUGGCCACGGGCUUCACCUACGCCGCCGCCCUCUACUUUGCCAAGGGCUACUCGGGUGGUCACCUCAACCCGAUCGUUUCCCUUGUCGCUGUUGUCUUCCAGCAGAUCCACGUCAUCCAGUUUGCUGUCUACUUCCUCAUGCAGAUCCUCGGCGGGAUCAUCGGCUCGGCGUUUGUGCGCGCGGCGCGCGACGGCCAGCACCAGAACCAGUGGCUCGGCGCUGUCCGCGUCUUCCCCAACUCGACUGAUGGGCAGGCGUUCCUGUGGGAGUUCAUGGGCACGCUCUUUGUCCUUAUUGUGUUUGUGGAGACCUCGUACGGCAAGGCCUUCCGUGCCGGCAACAUCGCGCCGCUGGCUCAGGGCACCGCGUACUACGCCGCCACGGUCGCCACUGGCCGCUGGACGUCGGCCUCGCUCAACCCGGCCCGCGCCUUUGGCCCGGCCCUUGUUGCUGACCGGUGGGACGACCACUGGCUGUAUUGGAUUGCUCCGAUUGUUGCCGCCGUCGUCGUCAUCAUCCUCGGCGCCUUUGUCUUCAACGUCGCCAAGCCGAUCGGCAUGGGCCCGAAGCCCGCCACCGCCCAGACCGAUGAGGAGGAGGGCGCCCCCAUGCGGGUUGUUAACCCGGGCAAGUAGCUGCGUGUGUUGAUCGAGUCUGACCCUAUCCUGUCUGUCCUCUCCUGUCGCGUCGUGCCCUGUCCUUCCUGGCCUCGACCGCGACCGCGACUAUUACAACCGUCCACCUUUCCCAUA